ACAACCCGGAAGGAAGCCCAACAUUCAUUAAGGCGAUCUUUCCUAAAUAGAGCCAACGUUAGUGCGUAGCUUCACCCUAAAUGAAUAGCAACAACAAACACUCUAGCCGCUUUUACAACAGCGCUGCUGGUGAUUCUGCAUCCGUCGUGCAAAUCGUGUUACCCGUGGGAAAAUGUCGUCUGGCAGGCAAGGAUCCUGGACCUUUGUUGUACCCGCAAUAUUGACCUUCUUGUUGCUGGAUGCUGUUGCUUUUGUACAGGCGAAGAACUUUGAGGAUGUUCGCUGCAAGUGCAUCUGCCCGCCAUACAGAAACAUCACUGGCCACAUAUAUAACAGAAAUGUGUCCCAGAAGGAUUGUAACUGCCUCCAUGUAGUGGAGCCCAUGCCGGUGCCUGGCCAUGACGUGGAAGCUUACUGCCUGUUGUGCGAGUGCAAGUACGAGGAAAGAAGUAGCAACACCAUCAAGGUUACUAUCAUCAUUUACCUGUCUGUCGUGGGUGCACUGCUGCUCUACAUGCUGUUCCUGCUGCUGGUUGAUCCUCUUAUUCGCAAACAUGACGCCUACACCCAGCCACUGCACAACGAGGAGGACUCUGAGGAGAUGCGUCCUCCGGUGGACAGUGCUGGGGCCAAAGGAAACACAGUGCUGGAGCGGGUUGAGGGAGCACAGCAGCGCUGGAAAAAGCAGGUCCAGGAACAGCGCAAGACAGUUUUUGACCGCCACAAGAUGCUUAGUUGAACCCUACAGUUGACCUUAAAGCCGGUUUAGAGUAGGUAACUUCCCUGGGCUCAGCGCUAUUACACUGUCACCAGCUGCACUAUUACUAACCUCUUUUGUCAUUGCUGUGCACUGCACCCCCUGAAUAAGUAUUUCCUUAAAACUGUAAACACAUUGAUCUAACAGCAGAUGUUUUUUGUUAUAUGUAACAUUUUAGGCUAAAAUGGAGUUGAGAAAAAACUGCAUGUUGGCCCACUGUUAACGGCUAGAAAUCAUCUCAGUUAUUUCAGCAAUUUGCAAUGCAACAGAUUUUGAAUGUGUUGAUAAAGUAAGAACCAUAUUUCUCAAAAGUCAGACUUAAUAGCUUUUAAGCUUCCUCAUGAUAAUUUGUUUGUUAGCUUCUUGCUAAUUUGGUAUAAUAAGUUGUUUUUCUUGUAGCAUAAUUUAUAAAGUUAUCUCAGAACAGGUAAACUUUAUGUAUGUGAAUGGUCAAUUUAGCUAUUUGGGUAGAAAGAAUGCCCUACCUAUUCUAUUGUCAAACAUUGCUGAUUCCUAUUACACCACUCAUAAUUUAUUUAUGGUUAUUAUUAUCAUUUAUUUGUCCCCUGUUGCUGUACAUAGUAACCUGGACAUAUUUAGCAUAAUUUGCACUAAUAGAUUCAUUAAAUGAUUGUACAUUUUAGGCUUUGUAAUUUUAAAGUUUCUGUUGCUACCUUUAAAGAUAGCCCCAAUAUGUGCCUCUUUUUGUUUCUCUCCUUGUGUGGGUGAAUGUUACUGUAAAUUCGCAGCUUGUAAAACAAUAACAGAUUGUAACAUAUAACAACCAGGAUUUAGUUGUUUGUAAAGAAAAAAUGUAAUCGUUUAUCUUGUAUGUACAUGUGGAAACUGAUCGGAAAACGGUUUGUUCAGUGAGGUAGGCACAAGGCCACAUUUUUGCUCUGUAUUUCACAGUAGCGUUU